AUGCCAAAGGAGAACAAGAAAAUUGGAAAUGCCAUUCUAAACUAUGGUGAAAAAAAGAGCAUCCCAAGGAAAAGGAAGGUAAAGACCCAGGAUGCUGCAGAAUGUGACAAAGGAAUUUCUGAGAUUCCAGUGAAGAAGAGGAAACCCAGUGGAGGACGACAGAAAUCAAAGAAAUUCACUUGGGAGAAUGCAGAUAAAGUUAUUAUCUCUCAAGAUGAAACUUGUGCAAAAUUAGUCAAAAUAUUUCCCGAGUUUCCUUGCUGUCAAGACUGUGCAGACCUGAUCAAGAGGAAGUCUACAUCGACGUACUGUCGCUUCAUCAAGUUCAGGAAGCUCCAUAUGAUGGAUGACAAAUUGCAACCAGCUGGUCUCUUCUCAUUGGAGGAUGCCAAGGCCACUUCUCUGGAAAAGCAAGCACAGUUGUGGAUGCCCUUGAAGUCUGAAUCCAAUGGAAAUGGAUUGUCUUGUGAAAAGGCCACAUUCUACCUUAAACAUGUUGGUGAUGAAUUUUGCAAGUUGCUGAUGCAGCAAAUUUCUCAAAUGGAGGAAACCAAAGACAAGAAAAGAGCUUGGAAGAUGGUGGAGGAACAAGUCAGGGAGAUGUGUGAUGUCUGUCAAACAACCAUCUUCAACAUCCACUGGGUUUGUGAAAAGUGUGGCUUCAUGGCAUGCAGCGAUUGUUUCAAUGAUCGAAAAGAAGGAUCAGCAAAGAUGUGGUUGUUGGAUGAUGAAAAAGCUAGGACUAUGAACAAAGACAUCUUCUCAUGGAUGCUGUGCACAGAUGGUAGUGACCAUGACAUAGAUGAACUGGCUCAAGCUCAUGUCAUACCGUCCAUAGAGAUUUUACGAAUAAUGUCAACCAAACUCCAUUCUCUGAGGAAGGAAUUUCAUGUCUCUCUGGACUGCCCCUGCAUGGUGAAGGAAGAGGCCUCAAGUGAAGCUAAUGACAGGCUCUGUGAGACAAGAGAGGAUGGUCUUAUCAAAGAGGACACCCCUGCCCAAGAGACUGAAAUAGCAAAAAUGGGUGAAAAUCCUAUUAUGAAGCAUGAAAAUGAGAUGGAAGGGAAGGAGAAAGUAAUGUUGUCAUCAUGUGGGAAGACAUUGGGCUUACCAGCACUAGCCAUCAAGAAUGCUUUCCCACUAAUGAAGUGGGAAAAUCAGACAGAAGAAAACUCUGAUAAAGAGGUGUCAUUGUUUGGGAAAGCAUUGGGCAUACCAUCACGAAAGGUCGUUGAGUCUGGAGAGGUGCCUACAAAGAAGCAGGAGUUUGCAUUUUGUACAUAUCUUCAGAGGAAAGGUGGUACAUUCCAAAAGGAAGAGGACAUAACAGAUGAAAGAGAUGGAGACUCUGUGUCCUCUGAGGACUUCGUGGAAUCAAUGACCCAGGAAUUCUUGGGAAUGUUAGCUAGACCAAGGAACGACCAACAGCAGCAGGCUUCAGAACAAGAGGAGCAAAUGGAUUGUCAUCAGUGGCUGCGAGGACAUCCUGUUAUAGUGUCAAACGUUGAUCACCAUCUCAACAUGGAUCUGUGGACACCAGCAUCCUUUUGCGAAGAAUUUGGCAAUCAGAAACAUGAAUUAGUGAACUGCCUCACUGGCCGCAUUGUCUCUGGGAAGAAGAUGAAAAAAUUCUGGGCAGGAUUUGAGGAUGUCAAUGAGCAAUUGCAGGAUACUGAAGGAAGGAAAAUGCUGCUGAAGUUGAAGGACUGGCCCCCUGCCAUGGAUUUCAAGGACCUUCUUCCAUCACGCUUUGAUGAUCUCAUGCAAGCUCUCCCUCUUGGAGAGUAUACAAUUAGAGAAGGAGUUCUGAACCUCUCUUCUCGUCUCCCAAACAUUUUUGUGAAGCCUGAUCUUGGGCCCAAAAUGUACAUUGCAUAUGGAAGCACUGUGCAUCCUUCAGUUGGAACCACAAAUCUUCACCUGGACAUUUCAGAUGCUGUAAAUGUUAUGGUCCAUACUGGGAUACCAGAGGGUGUUGACCGAGAGAAAGUGAAGCAAGGUGCAUUGAAGGCCCUCCAAGAGGGAGGAUGUGAUUAUCUCACUCUUCGGAGAGUACGGGAGAAAGGAGACAUCCCUGGUGCUCUGUGGCACAUAUAUCACCCAGAAGAUGCAGACAAGAUCCGAGAUCUCCUGAAUCGAAUCUCAGUGGAAAAGGGGAAGAAGAUAUCCUGGCAGGAAGACCCUAUCCAUGACCAGGCAACAUACUUGGAUACAACCCUGAGGAACAGGCUCUACUAUGAUUACAAGGUCACUGGUUAUGCAAUUGCUCAGUGCCUUGGUGAUGCUGUGUUCAUCCCUGCUGGAGCACCUCAUCAGGUGCAGAAUCUCCACAACUGCAUCAAGGUUGCAGAGGACUUUGUAUCCCCAGAGAAUGUGACUCAUUGCUUCCAUCUCACACAGGAGUUUCGGCAUUUGUCUGACACCCAUUCAAACCAUGAAGACAAGCUUCAGAUCAAGAACAUUUUAUAUCAUGCUAUGAAGGAUGCAAUCUCAUUGCUGUCCAGUUGAUGGCAUAGUUUCCAAAAAGUCUGUGAUUGUCUUUCUUGCGAAUGAUGGGGUGGAUUGCUAGGCAACUCCAUAUCCUUCAUAUUGGUGCUGGUGUCUGAUAUGCAAGAAAGCUUGUGCAGCCUUCAAAUUGGCCAAUUGUUCCAUGGCAUGGAUUUGUACUUGGUCCUGUGUUUUUGCUCCUCAGAGACAUUCAGAAAGCUGCUGUAUAUCACUUGAGAUCCCACUAUGUGGUGAGGCUUUCUAAGAAAAUAUGUUAUUUUGUUUUUCCACUUCUCCAUACUAUGAGUUGUGACCUCUUAAAAUCAAAUAUUUACAAAAUCACAUAGCCAGUAUCAUGGGAAGUACAAAAUACAGUAAUGGACAUAUGUCCCCAUUCUUUCAAUUUUGGUGAUUAUG